UUUCCUUGUCGAUCGCGACCAGUAGACCGGUCAGAGCAAAGCGGAACAAGUUGAGAAGAGAAGAGUGAUUCAUUCGCUUCUAUUCCAAGACAAAGUUUUGAUUUUUCUAAAGAUAGAACAAGUCGGAGAAGAGAAGAUGGACAACAAAAACGUCGUCGUUUGCGACAACGGCACCGGCUAUGUGAAAUGUGGGUUUGCUGGAGAGAAUUUUCCGACAUCUGUUUUCCCUUGUGUCGUGGGAAGGCCGUUGCUUCGUUAUGAGGAAUCACUCAUGGAGCAGCAACUGAAGGAUAUAGUUGUUGGGGAGACUUGCGCUGAGCUCAGGCAUCAACUGGAUAUAAACUAUCCUGUCCACAAUGGUAUUGUCCAGAACUGGGAAGAUAUGGAACAUGUUUGGGAUCAUGCCUUCUACAACGAGUUGAAAAUCAAUCCAUCAGAAUGUAAGAUAUUGCUCACCGAUCCACCACUUAACCCCUCCAAGAACCGUGAAAAAAUGAUUGAGACAAUGUUUGAGAAGUACAAUUUCGCUGGCGUUUUCAUUCAGAUCCAAGCCGUUUUGACUCUGUAUGCUCAAGGUUUGCUAACUGGUUUGGUUAUUGAUUCUGGUGAUGGUGUUACUCAUGUGGUUCCGGUGGUUGACGGUUACUCUUUCCCUCAUCUUACCAAAAGAAUGAAUGUAGCUGGCAGACACAUCACAGCAUAUCUUGUUGAUCUUCUUUCUCGAAGAGGAUAUGCGAUGAAUAAAACGGCUGACUUUGAGACUGUUAGGGAAAUUAAAGAGAAGCUCUGCUAUAUAGGUUAUGAUUAUAAGAGAGAGUGUGAGCUUGGUCUGGAGACAACCAUCCUUGUUAAGAAUUAUACUCUUCCAGAUGGGAGAGUCAUCAAAGUAGGCACUGAAAGAUUCCAAGCACCUGAAGCGCUUUUUACACCGGAACUCAUUGAUGUUGAAGGUGAUGGAAUGGCAGAUAUGGUUUUCCGAUGUAUUCAAGAAAUGGAUAUUGAUAACCGCAUGACGCUCUAUCAACACAUUGUUUUAAGCGGAGGAAGCACCAUGUAUCCAGGAUUACCUAGCCGUCUCGAGAAGGAAAUCCAGGAUCGGUAUCUGGAUACAGUUCUAAAAGGAAACAAAGAUGGCUUAAAGAAACUCAGAUUGAGGAUAGAGGAUCCACCUAGAAGGAAACACAUGGUAUACCUAGGAGGCGCUGUUCUUGCAGGAAUCAUGAAGGACGCACCAGAGUUCUGGAUCAAUAGAGAGGACUAUCUUGAAGAAGGGAUUGGUUGCUUAAAUAAGAUGAGCCAAGCUUGAUAAUACUCUAAACAUCAACACUUGAAGCUUAACUUGAGAGGACUGGUUAUUGUCUCUAUGUUUUUUGUUGUUAUUUGUUUUUGGCUUAAACAGAAACGCAUUUUCAUUCAUUGAUUAAAGAAAAACAAUAUCUCUUGAGUA